AUGAGCGGGAAACUGACGGAAGACUUCGCCGUGUUCAGGAUUGCAGAAGAGGGGCAGGUGUCCCGGUUACAGGCUCUGAGUUGUCAAAUUCAAGAAUUGGUUGGCAAAUAUGAUGACGCCGUCCGGGAUCUUGAAAGUGAGCGGGUUGCGAGACGUAUUACGCAGCAGGACGCAGAUGACUCGCGCGCCAAAUACGAAGAAUUGCAGCAAUCUAUGGAGCGCAGUUCCUUUGUUCUAGUGUUGAUCGAUGCCGAUGCUGAUUCGUACAUCUUCAAAGAUGAGUACUACGCCGCCAGCGAAGGUGGUACAAAGGCGUCCCUUGAUCUACGUGAUAGAGUUCGCAGUUUUCUUCAAGCGAACAGGCCAGAUCUAUCCGAUUACCCUAUCAUCAUCAAGGCAUAUGCUAAUGAGGCUGGUUUGUCCCAUUUUCUCGUUUCAUCUGGUAUCAUCAAGGCGCCCCGUGAUCUCGUGGAAUUUGCGAAAGACUUCACGCAGGCAUCCGAGUGUACCGACUUUUUACUUGUUGGGAGUGGUAAAGAUCGAGCAGAUAAGAAAAUUCAAGGUUGUUUCAAGCAGUUUGUUAGAAAUCCUACUUGCCGCCAUAUCAUCUUUGGGGCUUGUCAUGAUAAUUCUUACGUGCGACUGUUGGAGGAUUAUUGCCAUGAUGAUUCUGUGGUUGAUCGAGUUACAAUGCUUCAUGGUUUCAGCGUUGGUCGAGAAUUUCGUGAUCUUCGUUUCAAAAGCUUCAAGAUGGAGGAUGUUUUUAAAGCCGCGCCUGUGCGGGACGUGGCAUCAUCGCCAGAGUCACUAGCAUCCGUGCCAAGUUCUUCGACCUGGGCGUCCACGGUAGGGUCAAAGGAGGAUGCAAGUUCUCGAAAGUCCCGAGCGAAGAGUUCAGUACGGUUGAACUCGGCUGGGUGCCGAAUCGAUGACCACUUGCGAAAGCCCAAUCAACAAGCUUUGGAUAGUUGGAGACACAAGGUUGGCAAGGUUGGCAUGCGAUACUGUCGCUUGCACCACCUAUAUGGGUCGUGUUCGAAGUCUUCCUGCAAGUAUUCUCAUGGUCCACUCACGGAAGAAGAAAAGCUAGUCUUUCGACGGGAGAUCCGCAUGGGAGUUUGUAAUGCUGGCCUGAAGUGUCGUGAUGUUGCUUGCUUGUACGGCCACAAUUGUUCAUGCAGCAAAGCCACGUGCAAGUUUUCUGCAGAAAUGCAUCAAAUUGAUGUUUCUGAGGUCAAACACUAA